AUGUGCGUUGAGUUCAAGGAUCAUUCCUUCAUGAAAAUUAUCGGAAUUAUUCCCGAGGAAGAGGAUCUACGUUUCUUCGGUUGGAGAGUUUUUCGGUCAACUCAUGCUCAGUGUGGGACAUUUCUACCUAAGAUAAACAAUGAACUGGUAUGGGUGACUCAAGUUCAAGAUCUGAUGAGCUCCGCAUUUGUCAAGCGCAAAGUCAAGAUACGAUUCACCAACUUUCGGACGAGUUUGAUGGUGAACCCUCGGAGAUUGACAUGUCGUCUCAAGCUGACGAUUCGACAGUCGGGAGUUGUGCUUGAUCGUGAUCGUUCCCCCAUUACAUCAGACCAGUACGCCAUCGAGUACCUCGAGCACCAUGAAACAGAUCCUGGGCUCGGGAAGUGGUCCAACGAGCUUCGUGCUGAGUGGCGCGGCGAGACUGUGCCCUUUGGUGCUGCAGAGAAAUCUACUCGAGCUCUAGAAAUCGAACGCGAGACAAAUGUCAUAGAUCUGGAGCCUGAACGGACCUAUACAUUUGGCGACACCUAUUGCGGAGGCGGCGGCGUAUCCUGUGGCGCCAAAGAGGCUGGGCUCAAGCUCAAAUACGCCAAUGACAGUGACCAACAAGCCCUGUCAACCUAUCUCCUCAACCACAGUGGCGUGGAAGCGGAAUGCUCAGAAUUUUCGAACUUCAUCACAAACGACGAGGCGCUCUUGCGCGUGGAUAUUGCUCACGCAUCUCCGCCUUGCCAGACAUGGUCCCCAGCUCACACCGUGAAUAGCUCAAACGAUGACGCCAACUCGGCUUGCGUAUUCACAGGUGUCGAUCUGGCGAGGGUUUCCAAAUGCCGCAUCUUGACACUCGAGGAAACAUCUGGUCUCCCCACUCGACACAUUCUCACUUUCAAUCGAAUGGUGCUGAGUUUGAUAGAGAUUGGAUAUUCCGUGCGCUGGUCGAUUCUUGGAUGUGACAGAUAUGGAGUUCCCCAGAAUCGAAAACGACUGAUGAUUAUUGCUGCAGGACCUGGCGAAGUUCUGCCUCACUACGCAGAGGCUACCCAUGGAGACCCUAGUCCUGGUAGCAAAGUUCUCCCUCGGGCAACCAUAGCCUCCACCAUCAAUGGCAUUCCCGUUGAUGCCGACGACCACGACACAGCCCGGGGUCUUGCGCGGUGGAGAUUAAUCCACAGAGAAGCAUUCGAGCCUGAGAGCCUCGCCAAAACAAUCACGUGCGGAGGAGGUGAAUUCAAUUAUCACCCCUCCGGCACGCGUCCGUACACCGAUCGAGAGAUGGCGGUUCUCCAGACCUUUCCGAUGGAUUAUCAGUUCUCGGGGGUUAAUACCCGGAAGCAGAUUGGAAACGCAGUGCCACCGAUGUUUGCAAAGGCGAUUUACAGUGAGAUAGUGCGAUCACUUCGGGAAACCGACCGGGCAGAGGCAGAAGGGAAGUUCCGUUAG